GCUGAUACUGGGGUGGGGGGCGGGGAGCCAGAUGGGGAAACUAGUUUGGAUGGGGAUUAAAUGGAACAAAGGGGUCAGAGAUUUCUGGGGCUAUCCUAUCACAACGCCCACCCGCUCACCCCAGGGUGCCACUUGUCUAUUUUUGUAGGUCUUACUCUUCUCCUGGACAGUCCCUACAACUCCAGCUCCACCUCACUUUCUGUUUCCAUGGCUAGCUUGUUGUUUUUGACACAAAUUGGUGGGCACUGGAAUUUUGCUCACGUCCCUCCCCCUCCCUAAUACAAAUGGAAAGCAGCGUGGGAAUCCCCUUUCAAGGGAGGCAACGGUUCGGCUUUAAGAGAAAGGGAAGGGAGGUAGAGGGCCCUGACUCAGAUCCUCCUACCAUUGGCUGUUGGAGGGGAUUCCACCUCAGGGAUUGGCUGUGACAGAGUCCGCGUCCUCUUGUGAUUGGCUCAACCAAGAAUAUAAAGUGGCUGUGCCUGCCUCGUUCUCAGUCGGAGAGCAGCAGGGAACCGGCUGGGUUUACACGCGGAGGCGCACCUGGCGCAACCGUCUUGUCUCAGAACCCGAGUCUAAGUCCCGUGGAGGCUGCAACCAUGAAGGAGAGACGGGCACCCCAACCAGUCGUGGCCAGAUGUAAGCUCGUUCUGGUGGGGGAUGUGCAGUGUGGGAAGACGGCAAUGUUACAGGUGUUAGCUAAGGACUGCUAUCCCGAGACGUAUGUGCCCACCGUGUUUGAAAAUUACACAGCCUGCUUGGAGACAGAGGAACAGAGAGUGGAGCUCAGUCUCUGGGACACCUCAGGAUCUCCCUACUAUGACAAUGUCCGUCCACUCUGCUACAGUGACUCUGAUGCAGUAUUACUGUGCUUUGAUAUCAGCCGACCUGAGACAGUGGACAGCGCACUCAAGAAGGGCUGUGCAAUAGCCAAGCAACUGGGUGCAGAAAUCUACCUGGAAGGCUCAGCUUUCACCUCAGAAAAAAGUGUCCACAGCAUCUUUCGGACGGCAUCCAUGGUGUGUCUGAACAAGGCCAGCCCAGUGCCUCCAAAGAGCCCUGUCCGAAGCCUCUCCAAGCGACUGCUACACCUCCCCAGUCGCUCUGAACUCAUCUCUUCUACCUUCAAGAAGGAAAAGGCCAAAAGUUGUUCCAUUAUGUGAAGAGGGGAUUGGAGGGGGGAGACAACCUCCCGCUUCCUCCCUUGGGGAGUAGAGGCACGGGGAGACAGGGAGGAUGAGACAAUUUAGGACAUUGGACAUGAGUUUUUCAGACGGCCGUGGUAAGGGCUUGGAAGGAGACAGGAAUGUGACAAGGAAGGAGCCAGGCCCGGCAUGAGGACCUGACACCGAGAGAACCAUCACACCCCAAGCCAGGCACUAAGUUGUGGAGGGGGCAACUGCCCUGGUGUCCCCCACUCCAAAGGAAGGGAAGGUGUGGGGGAAUGGGGGCUUGGGGGCCUUACAGGAGUCUCACCUUCAGCAUCAUGCCUCUUCCACACAGUGUUUCCAUACAGGCCAGGGGAUGGAAGGGGUCCCUGAGCCCUUCCCUUCCCCUCUGAGGAAGUGGCAGAGGAGUGGAGAGUGAAGAAGCCAAGAGGCAGCUCCCUUGGGAGCUUAGCUCAGGUGCUUCAUAACAAAUCAGAAGGGCAGGAGCUGGUCAGAGCCAAAAAGAAGGAAGCCUCAUCUUUGCAUAGCCCAUGCCUCAUGGAGAGGUGACAUCAUACAUUCACAUGCUUCUCACCUAAGUCCCCAGGGUCCAAGGGAGAAGCCCCAGACCCCCUUCUCUUGAGGAGUGUGGGGGUGGUGGUGCUGC